UUACUGGAAGGCAGCAUGUCCAAUGUUACCUUGAGAAAAAUGUCUCCCACAGGAAAUGAGAUGAAGAGCACCACUCUGGGAACCACAUGGAAGCAGCAGGAUUUUCACGAGGUGAACAAAAGAAGAACUUUCUUACAGGAUAACAGUUGGAUAAAGAAACGCCCUGAAGAAGAAAAAGAUGAAAAUUAUGGUAGGGUGGUGCUCAACCGACAUAAUUCCCAUGAUGCAUUGGACAGGAAAGUAAAUGAGAGAGAUGUGUCAAAAGCUACAAUUAGUCGGUAUAGUUCUGAUGACACUUUGGACAGGAUCUCAGACAGAAAUGAUGCUGCUAAAAUGUAUAAGGCCAAUACCUUGGAUAAACAACUAACCAAUAGGAGCAUGUCCAUGUUUAGAUCACCGGAAGUAACAAAGUUGCAACCUGGCGGUUCAUUGAAUGCAAACACCUCCAACACCGUAGCAUCCACUUCUGCUACUACUCCUGUAAAGAAGAAGAGGCAGUCCUGGUUUCCACCGCCCCCUCCAGGUUACAAUGCCUCUUCAAGCACAGGAGCCAGGAGACGGGAACCAGGUGUUCACCCUCCAAUACCUCCAAAGCCCAGUUCUCCUGUUUCUUCUCCUAACCAGCUGAGACGGGAUAAUAGGCAGAUACAUCCACCUAAACCGGGUGUAUAUACAGAAACCCACAGAUCUGCUGAAAGAAAUAUAAGGAGUCAGGAUCUUGAUAACAUCGUCAAAGUGGCCACUUCACUUCAGAGAACUGACAAAGGUGAAGAAUUGGAUAAUCUCAUCAAAAUGAACAAAAGCUUGAAUAGGAAUCAAGGUCUUGAUGGUCUCUUCAGAGCAAAUCCAAAGGUAGACGAAAGAGAGAAAAGAGCCAAAAGCCUUGAAAGUCUCAUCUAUGUGAGUACCCGGACAGAUAAAGAUGGCAAAGGAACCCAAAGCCUUGGAAGUCCAAUUAAAGUUAAUCAAAGGACUGACAAAAACGAGAAAGGAAGACAGGAUCUCGAAUCUGUUGUUAAAGUGAAUGCCAGGAUGAAUAAAACGAGCAGAAGAAGUGAAGACGUUGAUAAUGCUAUCAAAGUAAAUCCCAAAGGAAAUGAAAAUACCACUGGAAAACAAGACCUCGAUGGGCUUAUUAAAGUGGAUCCUGAAACAAAUAAAAAUAUUAGGAGGGGCCAGAGUCUUGACAAUCUCAUCAAAGUGACCCCUGAAGUAAACAGAAGUAACCAAGGGGGCCAGAGUCUUGACAAUCUCAUCAAAGUGACCCCUGAAGUAAACAGAAGUAACCAAGGGAACCAAGACUUGGACAAUCUUAUCAAAGUGAUCCCUUCAGCAAACAAAAGUGAACAAGGUCUUGAUGAACACAUUAAUGUCAGCCCCAAAGUUGUCAAAAACACUGAUGGAAAACAAGAUCUUGAUAAACUCAUCAAAGUGAAUCCUGAAAUUUUCACAAACAACCAAAGAAACCAAGAUCUUGCUAACCUCAUCAAAGUAAAUCCUGCAGUAAUCAGAAACAAUCAGAGCCGAGACUUGGACAAUCUUAUCAAAGUGAAACCUUCAGCUCUUAGAAACACUAAUCGAGACCAGAACCUGGAAAAAUUAAUUGAAGUAAAUUCUCAUGUUUCUGAAAACAAGAAUGUAAGCACUAACACUGGAGCCAAGCAGGCAGGACCAAAGGAUACUGUUGUGUACACAAGGACAUAUGUGGAGAAUAGUAAAUCACCCAAGGAUGGAUAUCAGGAGAAUAUCUCCGGAAAAUACAUACAAACUGUUUAUUCAACUUCUGAUAGGUCUGUCAUUGAAAGAGAUAUGUGCACUUAUUGCCGAAAACCCUUGGGUGUAGAAACUAAAAUGAUUUUAGAUGAAUUACAAAUUUGCUGCCAUUCUACUUGCUUUAAGUGUGAAAUAUGCAAGCGGCCUUUGGAAAAUCUACAAGCGGGUGAUAGUAUUUGGAUUUAUAGACAGACAAUACACUGUGAACCUUGCUACUCUAAGAUUAUGGCAAAGUGGAUUCCAUAACUCUGGCACAAGGAAAUCAAGAUGAAAAGCACUCAUUAAGGAAUUAAAAGUUACAAGUUUUUUCUUAAUAAUAUGUAAUCUAGAAAAGCUUUCACAUUGAAGAUCAACUCUUGUACAAAAUUAGUAAUUCUGUUAUUACAUAAGUAAUCUAAUUGUCUUCAGUAAGGUCACACACAUAAAAAGAGCCAUCUGGUCUCUGGUUAGAGUUAGCAAUAAGAAGUUCAAAUGGUUCCAGAUACCAAUGUCAAAGGAAUGAUGCUUCUGAUAGGCAGUGAGCAUUACACUCCAGCCAGGUCCAUCCCUGCUCCAUAUGUUGGCUGUGAGUGGUUUCCAUUUAAACCAAGUUUCUCAUUUCCUCACCUUUUAUUCUCUAAGAAUUCGGAUUCAUAGACACUGACAUCCUGAAGAGCUGUCAAGAAAGCCAGAUAUGUUUCCUUCCUCUGCAAAAUACUAACAACACUUUUCUUAUACACUUGGGCAGAAAGAUGUUAACAUAAAAAGUUUAUAGACCUCAAAAAUCACUAAACUUUCCAGAUCUCUGUGCUACUAUUUGUAACAUAAGGGGCAUUGGAUAACAUGAUUUCUAAGGUUCCUUUUGCUUCCCAAAUUCUCUGAUUCUAAAGCAGGUUUUAGUUUGCUCUUUGGAAACAUGUAUGCAUAUGUGUUUAUGAAGCCUAUUGAACUAGGUAGGACAUAUAAACAAUUUAACUUUAGUGUCAUUGUUUAAUCACAGACAUAGUGUUUGAAAACUGUGUUUUAAAAACAGAAACAGAUUGAUGGGUAACAGGUAAAAUCAUAUGACAUGUAUAGCUUACACGUAAUUAUUUGUUAAAUUUUCUUUGUAUGCAUUUGAAAAUCUGGGUAUACAUAUAAUCUAUUAGAAGUAAUGGUUAUGGACUAAAAAGCUAUGUUCUUUAGCAUGUUAUAUAUACUCAUAUUACAUAGCACCUAUUUACAAAAGGCUUAUAAAAAUAAAGUGAAGUAUCAGUUACAUAGAA